AUGAAGCUCCCUGCCGCCGCCCCCGUCGACGCCGUCAAGUUCUGCGAGUUUGUCACGGCCUCGCCUACGCCCUUCCACGCCGUGGCCAACCUCUGCAAGCGCCUGGCCAAGGCCGGCUUUGAGCGCGUCUCGGAGCGCGAGCCUGACGAGUCACUUGUCCCUGGAGGCAAGUACUUUUACACUCGCAACCAGAGCGCCCUCGUCGCAUUCACGCUUCCUCCCAAGGGUGUCGCUGGUCCUGGCGCCACUUCCAUGGCUGUUGGCCACCUCGACAGCCCAUGCUUGAAGGUCCGCCCAGUCUCCAAGAAGACCAAGGCCGGAUACCUCCAGGUCGGGUGCGAGCUGUACGGCGGUGGUCUCUGGCACACUUGGUUUGACCGCGACCUGUCGGUUGCGGGCCGUGUAGUUGUCAGCCAGCGCGGCGGCGGCUUUGCCUCCAAGCUCGUCAAGAUUGACCGUCCAAUCCUUCGUGUCCCCACCCUCGCCAUCCACCUCGACCGCACCGCCAACGACCAGUUCAAGUUUAACAAGGAGACCGAGUUCCUCCCCAUUCUGGGCCUCGUCAACGAGACUCUCAACGCUACCGCGGCUGCUUCCCGUCCCGGCACCCCCUCUGGCGCCGCAACUCCCAAGGAGAAGGGCGACAACUUCAACCGUGCCGGUGCAACCAGCGUCGAGGAGAAGCACCACCCUCUUCUGCUCGCCGUCCUUGCCGACGAGCUUGGCUGCAACAUUGAUGACAUUAACGACUUUGAGCUGUGUCUCUACGACACUCAGCCCUCGGCUGUCGGUGGUCUCAACAACGAGUUCAUCUUCUCCCCACGCUGCGACAACCUCAUGACUUGCUUUGCCUCGAUUGAGGGUAUCUGCAACGCUGUCGAGGCCGAGGCCGCCACUGGCAAGGCCUCCGAGGAGGAGAACAUUCGCUGUGUCAUUCUCUUUGACAACGAAGAGGUCGGCUCAGUCUCCAACCACGGCGCCGAGUCCAACCUCUUGCCCUCGUUUGUUGAAAAGGUGUCUGGCAUGACCAAGCGUGGUUACUACCAGGUUCUCGCCAACAGCUUCCUCAUCUCGGCCGACAUGGGUCACGCUGUCCACCCCAACUAUGAGGCCAGGUACGAGGCCAACCUCGCUCCUCGCAUGAACCAGGGUGUCGUCAUCAAGACCAACGCCAACCAGCGGUACACGUCCAACGCCCAGACCACGUUCCUCCUUCGCCGCAUCGCCCAGCGCGCCGGCGUCCCCGUCCAGGACUUUGAGGUCCGCAACGACUGCUCGUGCGGCUCCACUGUUGGCCCCCACCUCUCGACCCACGUCCGCACCGUUGACAUUGGUCUCGCCCAGCUGUCCAUGCACUCGAUCCGUGAGACUGCAGGCUCUGGCGACGUCAAGCACUACAUCCAGCUGUUCAAGACCUACUUUGAGGUGUUCAGCCAGGUCGACGCCGAGCUCAAGGUGGAUGAAUUUUAG